AUGUCCUUCGCAAGCCUAAGGUCUGCCCGACAAUCUAAAGAGUCUCGGUCAUUUGUGAAACCAUCCCCGGAGAUUACAGAACAGAGUCCGACCAGCCCAGACACAACACAAUCAAGCUCGGAAAAUAGAUCAACUUCAUUACAGACACCACUGGCGCCAGCAGUUGUUGAUUUGCAAGGUCUGCAUGCAGCGCUGCCCGAUUUCCUCGACGUGCGGCAGUCAAACGAGCGAGGCCGAGGGAUCUACUCGCAGAGUACUCACAAGCCAGGUACGGUAUUGCUAGCGGUGAAACCGCAUGCUGCCGUACUGUCUACGCCGUACCUGGAUUCCUACUGUUCGUUUUGCUGCGGCCCCACGCCCUCCGCAGGGCUUAAACGCUGCACGCGCUGUAAGACCGUCUGGUAUUGCGAUCACAAAUGCCAGAGCGACGACUGGCCAUCGCAUAAAAAUGAAUGUUCCGCAUUGCAGAAGUGGGCGUCUAUGGCGCCAUCACAGGACGUCUCCAUCCCGAGCGAUGUCAUACGAUGUUUAGGCCGGAUUAUCUGGACGCAAUGCGAAAAGGGACCGAGCGAUCAUUGGUCAAAGGAGAUCAACAUGAUGCAGUCUCACAGGUCAACAUUGCCGCCCUCCGUGUUCCAGUCGCACACACACAUCGCACAUUCCCUCGUAAAAUACUUGGAUGUAUCGUCGCCUAUGGAGCUGGAGCCAUACGGAAUCCACAAUUCAGCCGAUUUGGUCGAUGUCAUCUCACGUGUCACCACGAACGCGUUCACCCUCACAUCAUUUUCUCUAACGCCCAUCGGCAUUGCUGUCAGCCCCACAGUAGCCCUCGCCAACCAUUCUUGCGAACCGAACGCCGUCGUAGUGUUCCCUCGGAGCGCAAGCAACCCACAAGCCCAAGAGCCUCUUAUGAACGUAGUGGCAAUCAAACCGAUCAAGCCUGGCGACGAAAUACUCACUGCGUAUAUUGACGUGACGCUUCCUCGGGAACAGAGGCAGAAGGCGCUGAAGGACACGUACAACUUCACAUGUGAAUGUACCCUCUGUGCCAAGACCUCUUCAGCAGAUCCCCGGGCUACGAUAUGGUGUCCAAAGUCCUGCGGUGGCACAUGUCCUGUGCCCACGGAAGAGGACCCACUUACUCGUUGCGUAAAGUGCAAAGCAGCAGUAUCCUCUACAGAUGCGGUUUUGGAUGCCGUUCGUAUCGGACAACAGGCGCUCGAUAAGGCGGCGUCGAUACAAUACAUAGACCCCGCGAAGGCAAAACAGCUCACUACGAACAUGAUCCCCAUACUGACUGCCAGCAAACUAACACCUUCGUGCCACCCACUUCUUGCAAUCACUCGACUGCAUCAGGAAUUCCUCGUCGCCUCUCUCUCCGCUUCCCUCUCCCAGGAGCUCCUUGACGACACCAUACGCACCGCAGGCAAGUACAGCGCCGGCCUCUCCGUAAUCCUGCCACCCGGACAUCCGGUUCGCGGCGUCGCGCUCGCCGAGCUCGGCAAGCUGCUUGCGGUCGACGAGCCCUCUCCGUCCGUGGGUAUGCCCGCAAAUGGCCAGCGAUUCCCGCCAUCCGGCUCCGCGCGGCUGAAGCUGGCGUACGAGACCCUGGUGCACGCACGUGACGAGCUAGUCGUCGGCUUCGGGGGGAAGAACGGAGGCGGGAUGGUUGGGAGGGAAGUGCGGGAGGCAAUCGUCCGAUUCGAAACGGAACUGGGCGUAUGGAAAAGCGGGAUCAAGAACGUGCUUGAAGACGCGAAUGGAGUCAGUACCAAGAAGUAG